AUGGCACCCGCCAAUGUAACAAAGAGCACUUGCCUAUUUUUAGCCUUCAAAACAACAGCCCGAGUAUUAUCAAUUCGGGUUCGGGCUCGAAAAAAGCCUCAGCUGGGAUCUAAGCGCGUUCAUGUGGCGUUUUCGUUAACAGACGGCACGUUCGGUUACCCCGAGUUGGCGCGCCACAAUAUGCAUGGCAGAAUAGUAGAAUUGGGAAGUGCUGGUACGACAGAUUCCUUGUGGGACAGAGAUAACGUCGUGACAUGCGCCUCAGCCCCGAUUUGGAGAAACGUAUCGGUUCACGCGCCUCUAGUAUUCCAGAUCAAAACUUCGAUCGAAGGUUGGGCUGAGCUCUGUGCCAAUGCUUCGCGCACGUCGUCACCUGUUGGGGAAAGUCGACACUACAGAGCUCAGCUGCAAAACUCGUGUAUGACGCCAGCCGCUUAUCCGGAAAAGCGAUCAUAG